GCUCUUUGUUUGGAAGUAGAGCCUCGCGUUUUCCGCAGUUCUGUUCAUAGAAAAUCAUUUCCUUUCGCGGUUUCAAAAUGGUUGUUCAAUCGGCCAUGAAUUUCCAAUUCUUCUGGUAUGCCACCUUGUUCUUAGUUUCAUUUCUUAUAAUUAAAACAAUGGUUUACAUCAGAAAACGUUCCAAGCUUCCUCCAGGUCCAAUUGCGUUACCGGUCGUCGGCCACCUCCAUCUCCUCAGCCCCUCCAUUCAUCAAACUUUCCACAAGCUCGCCUCCAUCUACGGCCCUUUGAUGUAUUUCCGCAUUGGGUCCAACGAGUGCAUUGUGGCUUCUACCCCAGAGGUGGCCAAAGAGCUCCUCAAAACUCACGAGCUCACCUUCUCCGCCCGUCCACUCACAGCUGCUAUCGAACACGUUACUUACAACUCUUCCUUUUCUUUCUCACCCAUGGGACCUUACUGGAAAUUCAUCAAAAAGUUGAGCAGUUUCGAGCUGUUAGGGAGCCGAAACCUAACCCAGUUCCUCCCUGUUCGAACCAAGGAACUGCAUCAUUUCAUAAACUUUCUCCUCGAAAAGUCUAAAACAGGUGAAACAGUGAACGUAACUGAAGAGCUGUUGAAACUGACCAACAACGUUAUAUCUCAAAUGAUGCUCGGCAUUAGGUGCUCAGGAACAGGAGACGAAGCUGAUGGGGUGCGAAACUUGGCGCGAGAAGUGACUAAGAUCUUCGGGGAAUUCAAUGUCUCGGAUGUUAUAUGGCUCUGUAAACAUUUGGAUCUGCAGGGAUUCAGAAAGAGAUUUGAGGAUAUUCAUAGAAGAUUUGAUGCAUUGCUGGAAAAAAUUAUAAGUGACAGAGAGCAUGCAAGAAAAAACAAGAAGCGAGGUGAUGAUGAAGUUAAGGAUUUUCUGGAUUUGUUGCUUGAUGCCUUUGAAGAUGCUCAUGCAGAGGUUCAGAUAACCAGAAAUCAUAUCAAGGCCUUACUCUUGGAUUUUCUAACAGCCGGUACAGAUACAACUGCAAGCGCCAUAGACUGGGCAUUUGCAGAGAUAAUCAACAACCCAGAGGUUCUAAGAAAAACUCAGAAAGAGAUCGAUGAAGUUGUAGGGAAAACCAGGUUGGUUCAAGAAUCCGACACUCCUCGUCUCCCCUACCUCCAAGCCGUUAUUAAAGAAACAUUUCGGCUUCACCCUCCAGUCCCAAUGGUCAACAGAAAAGCCAUUAAGGAAUUCAAUCUCAAUGGAUACACAAUCCCAGCCGAGUCCUUGUUGUUCGUAAACGUGUGGAGCAUAGCCAGAGAUCCUAAGCUCUGGGAGGAUCCGCUAAAGUUUCAGCCCGAGAGGUUCUUGAAAUCCGAUAUAGAUGUUAAAGGCCUCCAUUUUCAGCUGUUGCCUUUCGGUACAGGGAGAAGGGGCUGCCCCGGUAGUUCUUUAGCUAGGGAGGAGUUGUCUGCCACUCUGGCAGCCAUGAUUCAAUGUUUUGACUGGAAGGUGGUGGCGGAGACGCCGAAUACUGGCGGUGGCGGUGGUUGUGUUGACAUGACUGAGCGGCCCGGACUGGCGGUACCCAGGGCUAAAAGUCUCAAGUGUGUUCCUGUUGCACGCUUCACUCCCACUCUCUUUUCAACUUAAGCAGGCGACUGCCAGAUGACAUUUUGAUGCAUCGGGUAGCUUUAGCCAAAAUAAGCAAGCGUCUGGUUGAAACAUGAUGUUCAACUAGCGCUCAGUGCUGCUGGUGUUUUCAUGAGUUUUAGGCUUGUCACGUAAUUAAUUUUGUGUU